AUGUUUAUCAAGUGGAAUAAUCGGAGGGAUGAAGUUCUUACACAGGCUUUUUGUACAGAUUAUCGAGAAAUGAGUGAAUUUCACAUUCCGAUAGAGUUUCAUAACGAUAGAAUGAUAUUAAGGAAGCAAUUAACUAGCUUAUCAAGCGAUGGAGAUAGUUCUACCAAUAGAUCUCUAUUACAGGCUAUUCAGUUAUAUUCCUCAACAGAUUGUUUAUUGGAUAAUGAUGAAUUUAUGCUUAAUAGUGUUUCAUUUGAUGGAAAAGCACUUGCAUAUGGUUCCAAGAGAAUUCGCGAGAAUUAUAUGAUUUGCAAGGCUGCAUUAGAGAAUAAUUUGACAGAUUACGAUGUUGCUUUGAAUAAGGAUGCUCUGAAACUCUUUCACAGAGGUCGUUUAGAAUUUCAAGACUUUAAUGGAAAGAAUGAAGAUGAAAGUGUGGAAAUUAUCAAACAAGCCAUUGAUAUGAGGAAGGAAAUUCAGUUUAAUUGGCUUCCCGAUAGUGUACUGUAUAGUAAGAAGUGUGCUCUGUUACUGGUUUCAAAUUUUGAUUGUUUGCAUUAUUUUCCAAAACAAUUUAAAGACGAUAUUGAGAUUGUCCGUGCUUCCAUGAUCAAAUUACCAAGUUUAAUCCAUGUUUCUGAAAGAAUAAGAAACAACAAACAAAUGGUGAUGGAGCUACUCGAUUUAAUUCAACCAUGUCAUCCAGAUGGGAUUAACUUCUUGAAAUAUGUUUCAGAAGAAUUCAAAAAUGAUAGAGAAUUAGUGAGCAAAGCAAUCAAUAGAUGUGCCUUAGAAGUGUGCCAUGCCUCCAAGGAAUUUCAGUCCAAUCAUGAUAUGAAUAUUGAAGCACUUGAAGCUGCUAGUAAGUAUUACAAGCAAGAUUCCUGGCCUUGCUUUGUGUUUUACAAUAGGCUUGCAACAAUUCAGAGUUUAGUUCUUAACAAUAAGAAAUUAUUGAUGAAAGCUUUGGAGAGCUCUUGUAUAAUAUAUGAAUUUGCUUGUACGGAUUUAAGAAAUGAUCCUGAUAUGAUUGAAAUGGCGUCUAGACAUGCGAAUAAGAGUUUUAUAGAGUUUAUUCCAAGUCAGAAUCCAAUUAGAAAAGAUAGAGAUUUUAUUAAGAAAAUGCUCAAACAGAAUGGAACCAGUAUUCAGUAUUUUAAUUAUUCGGUGAGAUCUGAUCCAGAACUUUGUAUAAUAGCUGUCAAACAAAAUGGUCUAGCUCUAAGAUAUGUUAAUUCACCAACUUUAGAAAUGAGAAUUGAAGCGGUCAAGCAAAAUGGAUAUGCUCAAAAUAACCAUUACUUUCAAGAAUUGUAUCAAAUCAGAAUGGAACAUGAAUAUGGUGGGCAAUUGUAUCUUCCAAAACAUUUAAUAGCUUGUGCUGAGUUUCCUGUACAAUAUUUAUCUGUUAUGAGAGAAAAAUCAACGAGAGGUUAUAUUCCAAUGAAAGAAUGGGAAAAUACUUUUCUUAAUAAAAAUUAA